AUGGAAGGCGAGGCGCCGCACCACCAGCUGCUGCUGCUGCACGGCCUCUGCCUCGACCUCUGCCUCGACACCGCGACGCACCAGCGCGACGUCCGGCGCCAGGCGUCCCCCUCUGCCGCUGCAGCCGCCGUGGAGAGCGAGCGCCGGCACAGCUACGCGCGGGAGGCCUUCUCCUGCAACUACUGCCAGCGCAAGUUCUUCACCUCGCAGGCGCUCGGCGGCCACCAGAACGCCCACAAGCUCGAGCGCACCCUCGCCAAGCACAGCCGCGACGCCUACGCGGCCAACAAUGCCGCCGCCGCCGCCACCACUCCUCCCUCCCCUUUCGUCGCCCGCAGCUGGCUCCACGGCGGCGGGGACCUCUGGGCCUACGCUGCUUCACCUUCACCCGCGACGAGCAUGGUCAUGGGCUUCGGCUUGGGCGGCUGGGCUGGCAUACGCAGCAGCACCACGACGGCCGGCGGGGAGGGCACGGUCGAGAUGGACUUGUCGCUCAGGCUCUGAGCAGUGAGCACCACGACGGCCGGCCGGCGGAGUACAUUCUUGCGGCAGCGCCUGCAUGCGCCUAGCGUGCCAAAUACUAGUACCUGGCGAUUGGUUAAUCGUUAAGUAAUAAGU